UUUGGCUUUUUGUUAUUGUUUCGGGUUAGUGGAGCAACUGAGCCCGAGGAGGAAAAGCUCCACUGUGUCGCUCUUGCGAUUUUGACGUUUCCUCGCGCUCUUAAAAAAAUCCAGUAUCGGAUAAGAGAGGCGGCUCGUGUGCACUGUUUUCACAGAGAGGUGGUUACAGUAAAAAACAAAAAAAAAAAUAAGGUGCAAAAUAGCCUGCCUUUGUUUCGUGUUGCCAUGGACAAGGACUGGCGAGUGGAGUUCAGGAACGUGGGCUGCAGUUACUUCCCUCAGAGCAGAGUCGAUUGCCACUACACACUGAGCUCUUUGCACAACUGGGCCAGCAAUGACUGGAUAGGGCUCUUCAAGGUGGGAUGGUCAUCACUCAAGGACUACCACACAUUCGUUUGGGCACUUGCCCCGACCGACUAUCAAGAGGGCACAGAUGUCAACUGCUGUGUACAUUUCCAGGCCUCCUACCUACCGAAGACCAGCUCCCAAGUGUAUGAGUUUGUAUAUGUUGAUGGUAAGGGUGAAGUGUGCUCCUGCAGCUCCCACUUUACUUUCUGUGCACCUAAGCCACUUGAGGAUCUGGUGACCCUUGAGGAGUCCCAUGAAGAGGAGGAAGGGUCAGGCAUGCUGCUGGUAGUACCCAGGGCUGAACUGCUGCAGAGUCGACUGCAGGAAUGUCUGCGAGAGCGUGCUGAGCUGCUGCAGGUGCAGGAGGCAGCUAACGGGCAUAGGGAGAAAGAAAAAGAGGAGUACAAGAGGACAAGACGGGACUGGGACAGACGACGCAGAGAGCUGGAAAGUGAUGUUGCCGGGCUACAGGAAGAGCUGCAGCAGAGUCGAGAGCAGAUCAAGGAGACACAGAGGAAGCAGAAGGAGGAGCAGGCUCUGGGAGAAUCACUUGCCCAGGAGAACAGUGCUUUAUUGGAUGCGAGGGAGGCGAGUGAAGUGCGAAUCAAAGAGCUGGAGGAGGACAUCAAAAUCCUGACACAGAGAACUGUCGAAAGAGAGACUGAGUUGGAAAGGAUAAAGGAAAGAGCAAAGAGGACAGGAGCUCAGAGGAAAGAAGAAGAGAGUGAGAGAAUGACCGUGCAGACCAAGCUGGAACAGACAGAAGGUGAACUCAGAAGUCUGUCUAAGGAGUUCCAGGGUCUCAGGAACUCACUGGCCCAGAGAGACACCAGUGUUCUUCAGCUCCAAAACACUAUCACCACCCUCACCCAGAAACUCACCACUGCCCACAGGAAAGAGGCGGAGAGCGAGGCAGUACUGAAGGAGAUGCGAAGCCUGCGGGAGCGUCUGAACGCCAGUGAGCGCGCUACAGAGGGCUUGAAGUGUGAUCUGAGUACCAUGGUAGCCCAGAGGGACCACGGCCAGGCCGAAAUGCACCAGGCUCGUCUGCAGGCUGCCCAAAUCACACUACAGCUGGCAGACUCCAGUCUUGCCUUGAGAGAGGGACGAGCCCACUGGGCCCAGGAAAGGCAGAAUCUGCAGCGCACUGUCGAGCGGGAUCACGAGCAUCUGGAGAAACUUAAUGCGGGGAUGCAGAGGAUGGAGGAGAGGCUGCAGGAGGAGAGGAUGGAGAGAGUGAAGCUGGAGGUUGAGCUUGGAAGAGAAAAGGAUUGCAACCGGGUUCAGCUGAGUGAAACACGCAGAGAGCUCCAGGAGCUGAAGGCCAGCCUGAGAGUUGCUCAAAAAGAGAAGGAGCAGCUGAUUGCAGAGAAGCAGGAGUUGAUGGAGUACAUCUGUCAGCUGGAGCAGAGGAUGGGAACAGUGGCCAGUGCCAAGUGGAGCGCUGCCCUGAUCGCCUCUACAGGGCGGCCUGACGGCGUGUUAUCUGACUCUGAGGACGAAAACCCAGAGGCCUUGCAGCCUCUCCGUCCACCACGGCCCCUGGGACACUACAGCCUGUGUGAGCAGGGCCAGCCCGACUCCUUGCUCAUUGCCACCCCUCCGUCCUCCCCCAGGGAGAUUGAGAGGAGCACGGUGGUCAUCAACCAGCCAGCUCCUCUCUCCUCACCACACCAGGCCAACGCCGACACUCUAACGCACAGCUCUGACUCGGAGGAGGAAUCUGAUCCAGUUCAGUGUGGAAUGCACAGCUCUGGAGAGGAAACAGCCCUUUUGCUGCCCGAGCACACAGACACUGUUCUCAGUGAUCUGGCCGACACCUCGCUAUGGUAACCGGUGGACAGUCCAGCCACGGCCUGAACGAGUGAUGUAAACACAGGAGGGGAGUAAGUGUGGUCCCACAUGACGUCCACAUUACUUCCACGUACAAGCACACAUACUGCUUGCUCACUACAUAGACAAAAUAUUAACAUGCAAUUCACAUCAUAUCUGCCGUGGACCUUGUUUUUUCCCCUUCUAGACUGUUGUGUUAUUGCCCUUAUUGUUUUGUUGUUAGGAAUGACAUAAUGCAUGUGGUGGCAGGUCAACACCGUGUUUAUGACUGACAUAAGACUGUUGCGUAGUUAGAAACGACGGGCUUUUAGGCAUUGGGCUCUGGAGUUUGAGGGCUCGCAGGCUGUAGCAGAAUGAUUUCUGUUGAAUCAUUGCUAUGUCGAGAGCUUUACGAUGGAUGUUAUGUCGUUUUUAUGACAUUUGUGAUUAGGAGUCAUGACAGGCACUGUAAUUAUGUUUUGUGCAGGCCUGGCUCCACUGAAAAUCAUGGCAAAACUCUCAUCCAGCAUUAAAUUCUCCAUAGCAGCUUUUAACACUAUUCAUGGCAGCAUAAAGUAAUGAUACAGCAUCAUGCUAAAAUUAUAUUGCAGUAAUGUAGGUCUAUGACAUCAUAUUUCUCCCCCAUUUACUCAGAACUAAGAUUUGAUAUGCACUUUCUUGUACGCAUUAGCAGUUAAUUGUCAUGCAGUUGCAGUUCAGGAGAUUCAGUGAUGCAGAGGCGCUUUAAAAAAACGGACAGGCGUUUGAGAUAGAGAGCUUAUGGAACAGAUUGUGUUGAAAGUCUAUCAGGAUAGAUGCAACUUUCUGCUUCAGCAACUUCAUAUCAUGAAAUUAAUGCUCAUGUGCUUUUCUGUAGGUCAGCUGCCGUUUUUUAAUUGUUAAUUAAUGAUCCUGGAUUUUACAUUUCAUAAUUAAUGAAAUGAAAUGUUAUUUUACCUGCUGGUCAUUUGGAUAUUAAGCAUCACUUUAAAUAAUAUAUUGUACAGAAAUUGACUACACAGUCGUGCAGUUCUAAAUUUAUACGUAAAAUAAUGAAAUCAGAAAAGAAAAAGAAAAUCUUUAUAGAUCCUGACGUCAUGACAUGAUGUUGAUAUUUCUCUCCCCCCCAUCCCCCCCAGCCUAUGGCAAUAUACUGCCUAAUGAAAACUGCUGACUACCUUUUAAUCAAUACUGUAUGUAUUUUUUUCAUGACUUUAUAUUUAUGAUUAUCUUGAGUUGUUAUUAUUAUAAUGAAACUAUAUUCAGGUUUAGUUUGAAGUAGUUUUUUUUUUCGGAUUUCGCACAAAUGCUGCAAUGUGUGACAAAUGAAUCCAUGCUUGGCUGAGAACAUUUGCUUUGACACUUUGACGCUCGACUCUACCUGCUGUAUUUGCACCCUAUUUUUUACUAUACAAGAGUUUUUAGAUGAAAAGCUGAUAUACAUAUGGAUACUUAACAAUAUGACAUACCGUGUCCUUUUGUCUUAAUCAUUACCACUGUGUGUCGUGUUUACACAUAUUUUAUCAAGACCGUUUUUAUUUUCUGCUUUCAAACACUUACUUUGAGUCUGUUCAGAUUCAAUAUUUGAGUUACAUUAUCGUAAGAUAUUGGUGCUAACGCGAUGGAACGAUAUCAACAUGUUGGGUUUAAUGAAGAAGUAAAAAUCUGCAAAAAGGAAUUCCUUUUAGCAAUCAAACAGCUUCAGCAGGAACACAAUUAUUCUGGUAGUCAUGAAAGGAGUAAAUGUCUGUCCAACAUGUCAUUUACCUUUUCUGUAUCUUGGUGUCCCAAUACAUAUUGAUUCUCCAUAUAUAGUGUUUUCAGAAGUCUGGUAUUCUUUCCCAGAAAAAUAGCACACUACAUAUAUUCUCCAUAGACCUUGUUUGUGCUUGUAAUCUGACUUUAUGUCUUUGGGAAGUUGUUGUUAGUUUUUUGUUGGGUUUUUUUUGGGGGGGGGGGGGUUGUUGUUCCACUGAGGGCUCCAAUACAAGUGCUCCUCGCCAGGACACCGUCUCGCAUUGCAAUAAAGCUCCAGUGGUUAUGGUUUGUUUUGAAGUUUUGUGUGUGAAGGUUAUCCCACAUGUACACCACUGUGCAUCUUCUUAUCAGUCAUGUAACAGGGGUUCGGGGUGGGUUCCGUAUAAUAAAAUGGUUUAUGUAUCCAUUA